AUGGCAAAAGCGAAAACAACGAGGGAUUUUCUUCCGGCAGAUGAUUCGAAUAGUGAUGCAGAGUACAGUGACGCUCCUGCUAGUAAAUAUCUGAAGAAAUUAGACCUGGAGGACGAGGACGACUUUUUCUCUGACGACGAAGACGAGAAGGUGUAUCAAACCAGAGGGAAAUCUACCACUAAGACGUUUCAAAGUGAUGAGGAAGACGAAGAUAAUGAGGACGGUGAGAAAGAUAAAGAGAGUGAUGAGAUCAAGCCUGAAAGUAAAUCAAAGGACGAGACCACUGCCAUGGUGAAUGAGCAAAAGAAGAGAUCGAAGAAGUUAAAGAAACUUACGCCUGAGCAGCUUGCCAAAGAGCAAAAGAAAAUCAAGAAGACUGGCGUUUGUUAUCUAUCUAGCAUUCCUCCCUACAUGAAGCCAGUGAAGCUAAGAUCGAUAUUGUCUAAGUUCGGCAAGCUAGAUAGAAUCUUCUUGAAGCCCGAGGACGAAGCGUCAUACAAGAAGAGAGUCAAAUAUGGAGGUAAUAAGAAAAGAAAGUAUACAGAAGGCUGGGUCGAAUUUGUGAACAAAAAGGACGCCAAGCUCUGUGCUCAAACCAUGAACGGUAAUAUUAUUGGCGGCAAGAAAUCAUCAUACUACCAUGACGACAUCAUGAACAUCAAAUACUUAUCAGGGUUCAAGUGGUUCGAUUUGACCCAACAGAUUGCCAAGGAGAACGAAAUCAGACAAGCGAAGUUGUCAAUGGAGAUCUCGCAGCAGCAGAAACUUAAUAAGACAUUUGUCAACAAUGUUGAGCGGUCUAAGCGUGAACAACGAAAGAGGAAAGCUGAGGGAGAUGACGGCCAGGAAGAGAAAUUCAGAAGAACUUUCGACCAACGUGACAUCACGAGUAUGAGACAUGACGCCAAACCACAAUUUAAGAAGGCUAGUAAUAGUGAGAACUUAGACAGUGUUCUUUCUAAGGUUUUCUAA